UGAGUAAUUUUAAAAAUUUUGGUAAAAAAGUAUCAUUUUAAUUGUGGCAGGAGUCGGCCAAACACAAAAUGCCAGUUGCCGUACGCCUCGUCGAAGCCUUGACUUUGAUUACGAUAAUGGCUCUGAUUGCAUGCGUGUCUCUUACUGUGAUUGUGGCUCAACGCACAAUUUUUAUUGCCGUGACCCUUCUGGAGCCAGCAGUAACAAUUGCCAAUAUUCUGCUGAUUAUGACUGAGAAAGUGUUGGUCGGCGCCCUUCUGUGUAUGGUGACGAUGAUUAAUACAGUUAGCAAUGCAAUACAUUCGACCGGUGUGGCUUGAAUAAUUCUUAAUGUAAUUAUUGAAAUAUAUCCAUUUUUCUUGGUUGUAAUAUAAGUGAAAAAGUGGCAGUUUAAUAAUAUAUAUUUGUAGCAGAA